AUGGCGGUUGAAAAAGGCACGUUACAAGUUGGACUUCUUAGUCGACGUUCGACCAUCCGGAUUCUCCUGUUUGCCACCAUCGUCGUGCUGCUUUCCAUCACUUUUGUUUUCGCCUCGACAUGUGCUCUGAUGGGCACCGGCGAAAUCCUUGAUAAUGAUCAUGUUAUUUUGGGUUUUAUUCCGCGAGCGCCCAGUUCUGUCUUUCCCAAAGUCGGCAAUGGGAGCUCUCAAAGUAGAGCCGAAAUGCCACCUCGGAUUGACAAGUCUAGCUCGACGCCCUACCCUUGGACUAAAACAAUAUCCACCGAAAUUGCUGGGAGUCGCGUAGAGAUACCCAGGGCUCCUACUGUACAAAGGAAUUCAUCAACACCAUCGUUCGUAAAGCACAGCGUAUGUACAGGUUGUUACCUUGCUGACUCCGGCACCCGCCAACGGCCCUGCGGAAAAAUACUUGCGAGUCAGCGGGCAAAGAAAAGCUACAGUAUGAUAGAGGCCGGAAGGGAGCUUGCACGGGCAAAUGAAAUGUGUGGGCGCUGCGAUCCGAGCUCUUGUCUAGAACACGAGAAACGAUACUGGCGCCCUGACGAUGUUGCUCCCCAAAUUGAGUAUGCUCAAACUCACUUUUUAAAGUCUAUUCCUGAAACAAAUCGAGUACCAGCGGACCGGCUGCAAAAUCUAUCCGAGUACUUUUCGGAAAUGGAAGACGGCAAAAGAGUGUUUCUUUUUGAAUUCAAUCCAUCAAUCGUCAAACUUCCGGAAUCGCAACGUCCCUCGAUUGAAGUCUCCGGGAGCUCAGCAUCCAAGCAGCCGGUUUAUCUGGCGGCCUACCGGAUAAGUAACAUGCACGCGUGUAUUGUGGAACCAGAGACUUUAGAGGUUAUGGCAUCCAAGAUCUUGCCCAAAAAGAAACCUCGCCAAUACUUGGGUCUCGCUUUUUUGGACUCCAAUCUCAAUAUCGUGCAAGAAACAAUGUUGGAUGUGCGCGUGACGAUGCCGCAUUUUGAAGAUCCUCGUCUUUUUAUUUUGCACGAUCAAAUUUUCAUCGGUUCGUACUCGAACUUGGUGCAAAUUUAUGUCGUCCCCCCAAAUGGCAGCGGAGAGGAAAUCCUCCGAGUACCAGCAAUGAUGGGCGAAUCAAAUAUGACUCUUUACGUGCGGAAUCGUAUAUUUUGUAGCCGCGAUGACGAAGCCCGCCGAUUGGGGAAAAAUCUGGUGUACUUUGUCGACUCCGACAAUCGUACCAUGAUUGAACUCAUGUCCAUGGGGGACAAAGAGAUGCUGGACGCGGCCGUGGACUGCAGCGCUCCCUUUCGCAACAAGACAUUGCCGCACUACGUGCAGACGAACGUCGCCGCCCUCCCGUUACCCUCCUUUGCCACGAUGGACGAACUGCACUACGUGAAACACGGGGUGUACGCACCCGCACUCACCUUCCAGCGAGGCAGUGCGUGUUGUGUAGCAAUGGAAAAUCCGGAUCCCCACGGCUCGCCUCUACUUUUGGGUAUUUCGCACAGCAAAAGCCGAUACAAACAGCGAGGUCUCCCGGACGCGAACGUGCCGUUCAACUCGUACUUUUCGGCGUUCUAUGCCAUGGAAGCCAAGGCUCCGUACCGGGUGGUGGCUCGGACCGGAAAUUUCUGUUUUGGACGCUCCGCUCCCGACGAAGCGGGAGGAAAUCCCUACGCGAAUCUGAAUCAGGAAAAUUUGUGGAUUGGUAACACACAAAACUGCCCCCGCAUUCACUUUGUUAGUGGCAUGGUGGAAAAAGCAGAUGAUGACAGCAAGCUUAUUGUGUCAUACGGUGUCAACGACUGCGCACCCCGAUUGGUUGUCAUUGCUAAAGAUGACGUGCAGAAAAUGCUCUUUGCUCCAUCAGAACUCGAAGCAAAGUACUGA